UGGCAGCUUCUGCUAUGUAAAAGUGAAACUGUUUCUCAUAAUUUUACGCUAAAUAUAUCAAAAUGAGUCUGAUUCCAGACAUAACUACUGACCAAAUUGAUGACUGGUUUAAAAUUGGUAAGAAGACACCAAAAGUUGUAGGUGUCAGGGCCACAACAGUAGGAGGUAGGAGCCUAGAUCCAGAGACUUUACAACCCAAAGAACCGGUUCAUCAACAUGUUCCUCACUACAAAAGAAAACCAGAUUUUCACGGGGGCAGCGGUUAUGCCACAGCUUACAGGGAAGCGGAGGAACGAAAACUGAUGGGCAGGAAACAUUUGGGUGCACCUAGUGACACAAUGUCCAUGAUGUCGUAUGACACGAUGUCCGUGGUCAGUACACAUCUGGAAGACCUGGAGCUUGACACCAUCGCAGGGAGUGACCUUCACACGAAGCCUGGGGACCUAGCUCCUGAGAACGCCAAUCAUGUGUAUGGCUCAUACAACUUCACCCACGCGUAUGAUCAGCGCCUUCCUAUCACCAAGUUUAAAGAGCAGGUGACAUUAACCAUUGAAAGCAGUCAGGUGACGGUGAUUCAAGGCGCGACUGGUUCUGGGAAGACAACACAGGUGGCCCAAUACAUCCUCGACUACCAUGCGCGCCUCAACAAAUACUGCAAUAUCAUUGUAACACAGCCUCGUAGGAUCGCUGCCAUCAGCAUCGCGCGUAGGGUGUGCCAGGAACGUGGCUGGGAGCUGGGUACUAUUUGUGGUUACCAGGUGGGGUUAAAUCGAGUUGCUGGUGAUGACACCCGUAUCCUCUACUGUACAACUGGAAUCCUGCUGAACAAACUCAUCAAUGAUAAAAACAUGCAGAAAUACACACAUGUCAUCCUAGAUGAGGUACAUGAAAGAGACCAAGACACAGACUUUUCACUGCUAGUGGUGCGUAAACUACUCCGGACCAACUCGCGUCACACAAGGGUCGUCCUGAUGUCAGCCACGUUCGACUCAAUGAUGUUUGCACAGUACUUUGCCUUGCCCGUUUUGGACAAGCUUGAGCAGGCCCCUGUGGUCGACGUGGAGGGUAAACCAUUCAAGGUCCUAGAGUUCUACGCUGAUGAUCUCAGCACACUGGGUCCUUUGCCUGUUCUGGAGGAGAGUGACCCCUCGAUGUCGAUUGAAGCGAAGAACCUGGCUGUUAAGCUCAUUGAACAGUUUGACAAGUUAGAGGAAAAGGAACAGGGACUCGGAGAAAAUGGGUUUGCCCCAAUCAGAGGAACAGUUCUGGUGUUCCUCCCUGGUCUGGGGGAAAUACAAGAUAUCGAGGAGCUGUUACGGCCUUUGACCUUGAAACACAAUUUGCGACUGCUACCCCUUCACUCCACCAUCACCCAGGACGAGCAGACACAGGUGUUUAACAAGCCUGGCGAGGGAAUGAGAAAGGUCAUCCUCUCUACAAACAUUGCCGAGAGCUCUAUUACUGUCCCCGACAUCAAAUAUGUGAUUGACUUCUGCCUGACCAAGAACCUGGUCUGUGACUUUGAGACAAACUAUACCAGCCUGCAGGUCCACUGGGCCUCCAAGGCCAACUGUACACAGAGGAAAGGACGAGCUGGUCGUGUCUCCAAUGGUCGUGUGUACAGACUUGUGACAAGACACUUCUAUGAUAACUACUUGCAAGAUUAUGGCCUUCCUGAGAUGCAGAGGUGCCCCAUUGACAAGCUGAUUCUGCAAGUGAAAGUACUUGACCUAGGAGAGCCCAAGGCAAUCCUCGCCCUCGCUCUGUCUCCGCCCAACCUGGACGACAUUGAGAGGAAUGUUCUCAUGCUGAAAGAGGUUGGAGCAUUAACAUGCAAGGGUAACCCUCAUGACGGUGAUCUAACCUUUGUCGGGCGUGUGUUGGCUGAGCUCCCAGUUGACACGCAUGUGGGCAAGCUGCUCAUGCUGGGUCACGUGUUCGGGCUCCUGGAGGAGUGCCUCAUCAUUGGGGCCGCUAUGUCCCUCAAGAACAUCUUCUCCCAGCCAUUCAAACUCAGACUAGAUGCGUACAAACAUAAGCUGGAGUGGGCAGAUGGAAGCCUCAGUGACUCUAUCGCCAUUGUCAAUGCUUUCAAGCUGUGGGAGAAGAAGCGUGAGAGGGGUGAGUUCCGGCGAGUUGGUGGCGGGGGGGAGAAGGGCUGGUGUAAGAACCACUUCCUCCAGAUCAGCAGGCUUAAGGAGGUGAGCGAGCUUAUCAGAGAGGUUGAAAAGAGACUGAGCAAGUUCAACAUCUUAAAGCCCCGACAUGAGCCGUACUACAAGGCCAAUUUCAGUGAUGACCAGGAGAAACUCCUCCUCAAGGUGGUGUUAGCUGGAGCAUUCUACCCGCACUACUUUAUCCGCGGAGAAAUUGACGAGAUGGACUCCCUGAAAUCAUUGUCAGGACGGGACCCCCUCAACACAGUCAUGGUUAAGGGACUGCCCCAGAACCAGGGGGCUCUUUACAAGCAGGUGGUGGAGGAUCUCUUCCGCAAGUGUGACCCCAACCCUAGAGCUUACUUCGAGGAAACAAGGGCCUAUAUUGAGUUCCACAGGCGAGCAAACAGCCGGUCCAAGGUUCACCCGGGGGUUUACCUGGCACUCAAAAUGAAGCAGCUGCGUAUGCCCCUGUUUGUGGACCUGUAUAGUAGCGAGGAAGCCCAUGCCAUGUUAGAGAGACUGGAAGCUGCCCAGGGCCGUGUCGCCCUCCCAGGGUCACUACGUACAAACAGACUGACAGGAGCCAAUCAGGUUACCCAUGAGACGGGCAGUAGCCGGGAAGCGAGCCACGUGCCUCCCCCAGACCCGGAAAAAGAGGUGGUGAGCAUCUGUAUCACGGAGGUGGUCGAAUGUGGGCAUUUCUGGGCCCAGUAUGGCGCGGACCAGAACUGCAUGGCCCUGCACAUGGUGCAAAGUUCUCUCAAUAGGGACGGCGGGAGCCACCUGAAGCCAAUGGCAGGAGUUGUGCGUGUUGGCCAGUUUUGCGUGGCCCCAUAUGCAGACGAAGCUGUGGAGUACUAUCGUGCACGUAUACAGUCUGUGGAAAACAAGAUCGACCCCACGAUUGGCUCGUACAGGAGUAUGGUUGAGGUAUUCUUUGUUGACUAUGGCAACUCUAUCGAGCUUGCCAAGGAGGAACUGCGAGAAUUGCCAUCUCCACUCCUUAAAACACCGUUCCAGGCCUUUGAGUGUAAGUUGGUGCGAGUUCGGCCCUCGGCUGUCCUUUGUCCUGAUGGAAAGUGGACGGAAGCAGCCAAUCUGUUCUUCAAGAAGCUGGUUCUUAACCAAAGACUCAUUGCAAGGCCUUACUCCAGUGUACACAAUGUGCUCCGUGUUCAACUGAUCCACGUUUUACCCGGAGGGGCACAGUUCCUCACAGGGGAAAGGCUUAUCUCUGAAGGGUUUGCUGACGAGGCUGAAGAAUCUGCUCUCUCAAAGCAAAGCAAUGAGCAGCGUGUAGCAGCAUAUGUUGAGAGCAAGAAUGAUUUCAAGAGGGCCGCCACCGGCGGGAUGGAGGAGUUCCAGUCAAAACCGACAGAAGGAAACACCCCAGACUGGCUACAUCUGCCCCUGGGAGCCACAGGGGGUGGAGACCGGGCGAGGCAGAGAGGGGGACGGGUGAAUUUGAAUGGGCCAGACAAUCCAUAUGCCAUGAGGUUCUACAGUCUUAACAAUGUCGGCCGACUCAGGACAACAAAGGUUGAACAGAACAGUGUGAACUCUGUUGCAAUUGAUGACGAGCCCCAUGACCAGCACCAGCGUAUGAUGAUAGCGGGAUUUGUCGGACUCAACCCCAAUGGUUCAACAGUGGUUGCCCGGGAUACGACUAUCAUGCCCCUCAUUCCAGGCCUUCCCGCCAUCAUCACUCUGAUCUUCACCCCUGUGGCCGAGUUAAGGCCCAACCCCAAGAAAACGCGGAUGAUAGGGGCCAUAUGUGGCCUAGGUUUUGAGGCAGAUUCAGGGGAGGCACUUCUACCAGACCAUGACAUUGAAUUGCCCUUCGAUGUCACCUUCACCAAUGAGGACAUUUCAGAUAUCAAUGGUGUGAGAUUGGCGAUUAACUUUGCGAUUGGGAACCAAGACACGGUGUCUUCCUGGGGACUGGAAGCCGUCUUCAAUAUCCAGGAGAAGGCCAGGUGUCAGAUCCUCAAGUUGCUCCAGAGGCGUCGUAAAUCAUGUGAGGUUGAAAUGCCCCAACGCUUGUACUGCUGGAACCAGGUGGACCCAGAGGAUGUGUUAUCCCACAACAUAGACAUCGGGGAUUGUAACCCUCUACUGCCCCUACACAGCUGCCUUAACAUCCUCACGGAUGACGAUGACAACGACCACUUUAUUAGACAUAUUGAAAUGCUUCGAGAAACCGUCAGGAAGAACAUCCGAGGGACGUUUAUCGACUGCGAACUGUGUCAAGUGCGGUGUCCCAACCCCCAGCUACUGGCCCUACACAUGGAGACACAGAAACACAAAACCAUGGAACAGAAAAUUCUCAGCAGCAGGAAGACUUGAGCAUACCUCUUUCGCUUACUGGGGCUGCGUUACCACACUCUGUUCCUACAGCCUUGGCUGAAAAGUCUUCUCUUGGCUUAAAAGUCUUGUGUUACCUGGAAAGAGUCAUUAUGACCAGAACGUCUUGUUUGACUUUGCUGAAUGGUAAAUAUAAGUUGUGAGAAGGAGCCUAUGGAAGACAACAAAUUUAUGUUUGUUGGGAGAAGAGAUUUGAGCAAAUUGUAUGACCAGUGUUAGUUGUUCAAGUGUUCAGUUGGUUACUAACAAACAGCAGAGAGCUGUUUCUGUUUAGUUCUUCGCCUUAACAUUGAUUUCACUAUCAGCUCUCAAUAAGAGCAGUUCUCUUCAAGGAGUUGAAAGGGGCAGCAUCACAGAUUAUGUGUUGGCUAGGAUGUUUUUAAUCCUCGGCUUUGUUAAAUAUGAGUUAUUCUAUACACUAUUAUGAACAAAAAUCAAAGAGAUACUUGCAGAUUCUUGUUUACACAGAAUUUUGUAUUUCCAAUGUUUAAAACAUUUCAAAUUUAAACUGCAUUACUAAUGCUUUUAGGAAAAAUACAGCGUUUUUAAAAAGUUGUGGUCUGAUUUUAAAGCAUUUUGGUCACAUUUCACACAUUUUCGAUGGUUAGCUGUACGAAGCAAGAAUGAGGCCCUAUAAUAAAUAUAUGCUCAAAUAAUAGGAUAAAAUUAUCUUAAGGAAUAAUACUAUCAAUCAAUGACUCUCCAUCGACGCUCGAGCCGAUUGAUCCGAGUUGUAUUUUUGCACAAUUGCACGGGUCGACUCGCUACCCCGCAACAGGGACGAAGGCCCGCGCCCGUACUAUUAUUUCUGAUGGUUUAUUUUGGUACAUGUACAGUCUGAAAUUUCUCCACAUGCAGUAUUUUUUCACGAGUUUUUUAAUUAUUGUUUUAUGGAGCUGGUUUUAAUGUCCAAAUUUAGUUUUUUUUAGAAAUGUUUGGAAAGUUAUAUAUUUUCCACAUCAGUUGCCAAGCGAUCUGGCCCCAAUUUCAUUGCGGCAAAUUACUUGCUUAGACUUGAUUUUUUUACCAAAACAUGGUAAUCAUAAUUUGAUUUUAUAAAUUGCUUUCCGCGCAAAGUCUCAACAUUGUCUUCAAAAGGGGUGAAUACUUGACUUAUAUAAAAAAAAAAAGUGAGCUUAGCUUGAUUAUGUUAAAAAAGGACUUGUUUUCGAUGAUUUGAGAAAUUGGGUAUUUGUUCUCUUUGUUUAACUAAUAGUGCUAUUAGGCUGGCCAUAUUGUUUUGUUAUGUUUUUUUUAUCAUGUACAUAUCUUUCAUAAAAAAACACAUACAUACACAUGUUUAUAAGAUAUAAUCAUACCAUAUUAAAAUCAUGAUCAUUAGCAUCUCAGGUUUUAAAAUCAGUUACCUGUCACUGAUGUUUUCAAUGCCUCACAUUUCAGGGAUGUGAUUUGUUCACAGAUUUCCCCAGAUUCUAUGGCUCCUGGGACUAAAAUUAUUAGACAUCUGGUUGCUUUUGGUGGUUACUUUGUUUGUUCUUAAUAUUGGCAUUACUAAAAUACCAGUUUUGCUUAUGCGGAAGGCCGCCUCACCCCCUGAAGUGGGCCUAAACCCAUUGCCAACUGGUCAAUCACAUCCCUGCUAAUCAAAUCAUCCUCAUUUGAAGCUGCAACUUCACAGAUUGCUUGUUUUUGACAACUGUUUUGGGGGGUUUUUUUGGCUUGAAAACUGCCAAUUUUUGGGUAAAUGUCUGACAACAAGUGAUAUUAGAAGGCUGUCUAAAGAUUAAAUUGCAGUUUUUCUGAUUAUUUGUCGAAAAUUGAAGUUUUAUGGCUAAUAGCGUUACUAACACUUUAUGAAAAAAUUUUGGUGGUUUAUUGAAUACUUGGCAUUUGUUUUGGUGUGUGUUAUCUUAUAUUACUACAUUGAAGGCAUUGAUGCCAAAAAUCAGCUGAUUCUGAGAUAAAAAAAAAUAAAAAUAAAGUCAAACCUGUCAAUCUGUGAGAGUGUAGCUUUAAGGAUGUACCAGCAUCUCAGGUCUUAAAGACAGUUUUAUUGCGGGUAUGUAUCCAUAUAAAAUCACCCUCAUUGUACUUAUCCAUUCAUCAAUACUUGAAUCUAGAGAUUUACAUGUUUUUCAUUUUUUAUCCUUUUUUUCAUUACAUUUUAUAUCAUUGCAAAUACAUACGUCAGUUAAUAAAACUGGAUAUUUUUGUUUGUUUUUGUUCACAAUUUUAUUGUUAUAUUUCUUAAUAAAUUGUCUUACUUAUU